GUACACCGUCAUUGUGUGUUCCAUAAAAUCACCUAUUUUCAAGCUUAACUAUAUCGAGAAAAAAUAUUUUUAUUUUGGAGCAACUUCGGAGCAUUAGUGAUUCAUUCGUGGGAAUUUUUAGCUUUCUCUGCACACGUCAAAGAAUAAUAGAUUUUGAUGAAUGUCUGAGAGUGAUUACGAUUCGGUAGACGAGUACACAAGCCUGAUGGACGGUCACGUUGCAGAGUCUCGUUCAGAUGACCUAAGUUUGGUCAAUGAACGACGAAAGAGACGAUCAAGAGUAGGAAACGAAGAGUUAGGAAAUGGACUUCCUGAGGUACAGGUAGAGGUAGGAGGUACAUCGAAUGUAAGUGGUUCAAGUAGAAGAAGUACAUCAGGUUCUGCUAAUCAACAGAGACAAAGACAUUAUAGAGAUGAAGAGGAAGAGGAAUUAAAAUAUGGAGCUGCACAUGUCAUUAAACUGUUUGUACCUGUUUCCCUUUGUAUGCUAGUUGUAGUGGCUACAAUCAGUUCUGUUAAUUUCUACACGACUAAGGGGAUGUAUCUAGUUUAUACUCCAUUUCAUGAAGAUAGCUCCGAUACAAGUACAAAAGCAUGGCAGGCAUUUGCCAAUUCCUUAAUACUCAUGAGCAUCAUAGUAUGCAUGACAGUUAUACUUAUUAUCUUGUAUAAAUAUAAAUUUUACAAAGCUAUACACGUAUGGUUAAUUAUAAGUUCAUUAUUAUUGCUAUCAAUGUUUUCCGUACUUUAUUGCGAGCAAGUUUUAAAAGCAUAUAACAUUCCAAUGGAUCUAUUUACAUUAGGAAUAGGUUUAUGGAAUUUUGGGAUGGUUGGAAUGAUAUGCAUUCAUUGGCAAGGACCUUUACAACUUCAACAAGCUUAUUUAAUUUUCAUUUCUGCUUUGAUGGCUCUUGUUUUUAUUAAAUAUUUACCCGAAUGGACAGUAUGGGCAGUUUUAGCUGUAAUAAGUAUUUGGGAUUUGAUAGCUGUUUUAUCACCGAAAGGACCAUUAAGAAUUUUAGUUGAAACGGCACAAGAAAGAAACGAAUCCAUUUUUCCAGCUCUCAUAUACUCAUCAACGAUUUUGUAUACGUUUGUACACACCGUAACUUAUGCCGGAUAUGUACAAGCAGCGACAAUGGCCAGUGGUGAUGCUACGGGUAGAGAAACUACAGCUGUAUCAUUCACUCGCACAGGAACGGAUAAUCAAAAUAAUCCUGCAUCAGGAGAUGCAGAAGAAGGUGGUUUCACACUCGAAUGGAUAGAAACGCAUGGAGAUCGUAGCGCGAGACGUGCCCAAGAAGUGCUUGAAAAUUCGGUAGCAUUAACAGACGAUUCUAGACAACGUCAAAAUCGCCCUACGGAAUCACAAUCCCAACAACAAGUCCCAGUUACUGAGGAGGAACGCGGUGUCAAAUUGGGCCUUGGUGAUUUCAUAUUUUAUAGCGUACUUGUUGGAAAAGCAUCAAGUUAUGGCGAUUGGAAUACAACUUUAGCAUGCUUUGUUGCCAUACUCAUAGGACUCUGCUUAACAUUGCUGCUUUUGGCGAUAUUCAAGAAAGCAUUACCUGCAUUACCAAUCUCCAUUUCUUUUGGUUUAACAUUCUAUUUUGCUACAAGGGUUAUAGUAGCACCAUUCGCAGAUAGUUUAGCAAGCGAGCAAGUCUUCAUUUAAUUUUAUUUCCGAUAAGUAUGACUCUUUUUUUAUUUUAUUCUAAUUUAUUAUAUAAAGAAUAGUGCCUAUGUCUGUCAUCUUUUUCUUUCUUUCUUUUUUUUUUUUUUCUUCUUUCCCUCCACCCUUUUUCUCUUCCCCAUUAUGUUUUUAUAAUUAUUUCUUAUAUAUUCCGGUCUUGUUAUUUUUCAUAUUUCUUCAGAAUAAUGUACGUGUAAAUUCUCAAAAUUGUACAAAGAUGAAGAUAUACAUACAUUUGUACAUCAUACACACACACACACACACAGACAGACAGACAGGCAGACAAAUAGACAGACAGAAACACACACACACACUCAUAUAUAUAUAUAUAUAAUAAUAUAUAUAUAUAUACAUAUAAAAGAGAAAGAGGAUGUGAGAAAAUACAAAAGAGUAAUAGAAAAAGUAAUAAUAAAAAAAAAUCACGUAUUUUUAAAUAGUUGUGAAUUUGUUAUGGAAAAUAUGUCAUGUCUAUUCCACAUAGAGAAAGAGAGAAAGAUCAAUUAGGUAUUUAAUGAUACAAAAUGGAAAAAAAAGAAGAAGAAGAAGAAGAAGAGGAAGAAAAGCAAUAGGCUCUUUUGUAGAUAUUUUAUAUACAAUUAAUUUUAGUUUAACUACUUAUUAUAUGUACAAUGUUUAAUAUAAUAUUUUGGUCGUUUCAA